AUGGAAAUGACAUCCCAGCCCGUGAUAAUGUCUCAGCCACAAUGCUUCACCUCCACACGGAGUUUCGAGUGGCAGACCGAUCUCUGUGAUUGUGGCAGCGACUGCCGAACCUGCCUCUGUGGAUUGUUCUGCUUCUGCUGUCUGGGGUGCAAAAUUUCCAAGGACAUGGAAGAGUGCUGCUGCUGCGGGCCAAGCGUGGCCAUGAGGACUCGCUACCGGACCCAGUAUAGGAUCCCGGGAUCCAUCUGCUCAGACUGCCUCACUGUCAUCUGUUGUGCUCCCUGUAAUCUUUGCCAGCUGAAGCGGGAUAUCAACAGGAGGAAACAAUUAGGAAUAUUCUAG